AUGUUCAACCCCGAAGAGCAACAACUUCACCAAGCUGCGCUUUCCAGCUCGGAAAAGGCGAGCUCAACUCUUCCGAUCACCCAUAACUUCAAGUACCCCAUGCUCAAAGUCCUAUCCAACGCAGCAGGCGUCAUCUCCUUCCGAGCUGUAAUGAAAAACGAGAUCAAAGUGAAGAAAGAUAUGAGCGGUGAAGAAGCCAUGGUGCUCAGUCAUAUUCAUGCUUCAGCAAACGAAGACAUCUGGACAAAAUACCUAAAAGCCAAAACGGAACUGCACCAAACCAGUAUCGAUAGAUACUCCAAAUUACUAGUUCAGAAGCAGCUCGUGAAAGCCGUCAGGGUUCUACCAUUCAAAGUUCUUGGCGCAUUUCCUCAUAUGCUUGCACUAUGCUACGCUAGCACUAAAAUCGCAAGAUCUACAAGCUCGCGCACCCAAGGCUAUAACCUUCAGUCGAGCUUACGGAUGGACCAUGGUACACUGACAACGAACAUGACACGGAAUUAUCAAGCUCCUCUCAACUGCAUACUCACAGUAUUCUUUUCCGGCAGUCCUUCCCAAAAUAAAACUCCUCCCAAGACGAAUGCAAACUCUACUUCAUUAGCGAUGCGCCCUCCUAUCCAUCUGCCCAGCACAUUCAGCGUUUUUUUGACUAAGAGAAAGAUUACAGAGACUCGGUUGGGCAUUGAGCGUAUUGAGAUGCUUUGAAGGAGCUGGAGUUGGAUGGCGAGAUUGAGAAGGUCAGUCGAUUACUUCACUUCAUUGCUUUCAGAGCCUACAUCGGGUUCUACUGACUUGAAUGCUUUGAUCGACGCUGAUGUCAAAACCUCAUCUUCCGCAGAGAAUAUUGCGACACCUGUUACUACUUAUAGCAUGUACAGUCAUGACUAGGCGGCCUACCAAUGCGUUCUACCGUUUUCUAUGGACGCUUCCAACAAAAUAAAUACUACAACCACAACUUGGAUAAUUGAAUUUGAAUAUAUG